GGGGCCGGAGCCGGGAAGUUGGGCGAAGGGCGCUGCUCCCGCCGAGGAGGAGGCGGCGGCUGGGCGCGAGCCGCGCCACUCAGGUGUCCGCUCCGCCUUCCGGUCUGGAUUUGCUCCUCUGUGUCCAGCAGGAAGGGGACUGCGUGCCCCUCGCCCGACUGCAGCCCGAGCGCGACGCGGACUUUUCCUGGCGGCGGGGGUCCGUCUGUCCCCGCGGCGGGCGGACGAAGGACGGACGCCAGAGAAAGAGGGCGGCGGCCUGGGCCGAGGCUGGUCCCCAACUCUGGCGGCGGCGGCGCGGCCUUGGGGACGGGCAUGAGCCCCUGGGGGCCGAGCGGGGGCCGCCAGGGCUGACCGGGCGCGGCGAUCGGCCCGGCCCAGCCAUCUUGACUGCGCACCGCGGCCCGAGAGGAAACUUGCUGCGCCGCCGCCCUCUGUGCCCGGCGGAGUCACUGCCGCCCGGCGCGGCGCGGCGCGGCGCGGAGAAGCGGUCGGGCGCGCGGAGAGGAGGAGAGCGAGCGCGGGACGAUGAGCCGAGGGCCGGCCGCUCUGCGCCGCGAAGACUGAGCGCGCCUCGGGGCGAGCAGAGUGGACCCUCUGGGACCGUGGCGCACGCCUGCGGCCACCUUCAAACCCCCGGAGAAGCAGAAAGGAGUGCGGAAGGGCCCUGACCAGGCUGCAGACCGCGCCGCUGCGUUCGCGCCCCGAGAAGGGGCCAGAUUAUCGGCAGAUCAUCCCCCACCCGGGCGAAGCAGAAGGGAGACUCCAGAUCACCCGCUUUGCCGGUCUCCGGCUGUCUCGCGGGGCCCCUGGCACCAGUCUCCGCGCCGCCUGGAGGGCGAGGGCACCGGGCCGAGGCGCGCAGCAUGGAGUGGGGUUACCUGUUGGAAGUGGCCUCCCUGCUGGCAGCCUUGGCGCUGCUGCAGCGCUCUAGCGGCGCUGCGGCCGCCUCGGCCAAGGAGCUGACGUGCCAGGAGAUCACCGUGCCGCUGUGCAAGGGCAUCGGCUACAACUACACCUACAUGCCCAACCAGUUCAACCACGACACGCAGGACGAGGCGGGCCUGGAGGUGCACCAGUUCUGGCCGCUGGUGGAGAUCCAGUGCUCGCCCGACCUCAAGUUCUUCCUGUGCAGCAUGUACACGCCCAUCUGCCUGGAGGACUACAAGAAGCCGCUGCCGCCCUGCCGCUCGGUGUGCGAGCGCGCCAAGGCCGGCUGCGCGCCGCUCAUGCGCCAGUACGGCUUCGCCUGGCCCGACCGCAUGCGCUGCGAGCGGCUGCCCGAGCAGGGCAACCCCGACACGCUGUGCAUGGACUACAACCGCACCGACCUCACCACGGCCGCGCCCAGCCCGCCGCGCCGCCUGCCGCCGCCGCCGCCCGGCGAGCAGCCGCCCUCGGGCAGCGGCCACGGCCGCCCACCCGGGGCCAGGCCCCCGCACCGCGGCGGCGGCAGGGGCGGUGGCGGCGGGGACGCGGCGGCGCCCCCAGCUCGCGGCGGCGGCGGCGGGAGGGUGCGGCCCCCUGGCGGCGGCGCGGCUCCCUGCGAGCCCGGGUGCCAGUGCCGCGCGCCCAUGGUGAGCGUGUCCAGCGAGCGCCACCCGCUCUACAACCGCGUCAAGACAGGCCAGAUCGCCAACUGCGCGCUGCCGUGCCACAACCCCUUUUUCAGCCAGGAUGAGCGCGCCUUCACGGUCUUCUGGAUAGGUCUGUGGUCGGUGCUCUGCUUCGUGUCCACCUUCGCCACUGUCUCCACCUUCCUCAUCGACAUGGAGCGCUUCAAGUACCCGGAGCGGCCCAUCAUCUUCCUCUCGGCCUGCUACCUCUUCGUGUCGGUGGGCUACCUGGUGCGCCUGGUGGCGGGCCACGAGAAGGUGGCGUGCAGCGGGGGCGCGCCGGGCGCGGGGGGCGCGGGCGGCGCGGGCGGCGCGGCGGCGGGAGCGGGCGCGGCGGGCGCGGGCGCGGGCGGCCCAGGCGGGCGCGGCGAGUAUGAGGAGCUGGGCGCGGUGGAGCAGCACGUGCGCUACGAGACCACGGGCCCCGCGCUGUGCACGGUGGUCUUCCUGUUGGUUUACUUCUUCGGCAUGGCCAGCUCCAUCUGGUGGGUGAUCCUGUCGCUCACGUGGUUCCUGGCGGCCGGCAUGAAGUGGGGCAACGAAGCCAUCGCCGGCUACUCGCAGUACUUCCACCUGGCCGCGUGGCUCGUGCCCAGCGUCAAGUCCAUCGCGGUGCUGGCGCUCAGCUCGGUGGACGGCGACCCGGUGGCGGGCAUCUGCUACGUAGGCAACCAGAGCCUGGACAACCUGCGCGGCUUCGUGCUGGCGCCGCUGGUCAUCUACCUCUUCAUCGGCACCAUGUUCCUGCUGGCCGGCUUCGUGUCGCUCUUCCGCAUCCGCUCGGUCAUCAAGCAGCAGGACGGCCCCACCAAGACGCACAAGCUGGAGAAGCUGAUGAUCCGCCUGGGCCUGUUCACCGUGCUCUACACCGUGCCCGCCGCGGUGGUGGUCGCCUGCCUCUUCUACGAGCAGCACAACCGCCCACGCUGGGAGGCGACGCACAACUGCCCGUGCCUGCGGGACCUGCAGCCCGACCAGGCGCGCAGGCCCGACUACGCCGUCUUCAUGCUCAAGUACUUCAUGUGCCUGGUGGUGGGCAUCACCUCGGGCGUGUGGGUCUGGUCCGGCAAGACGCUGGAGUCCUGGCGCUCGCUGUGCACCCGCUGCUGCUGGGCCAGCAAGGGUGCCGCGGGGGGCGGGGGCGCUGGCGCCACGGCCGCGGGGGGCGGGGGCGGGCCGGGGGGCGGCAGCGGCGGGGGUCCCGGCGGCGGCGGGGGCUCCCUCUACAGCGACGUCAGCACCGGCCUGACGUGGCGGUCUGGCACGGCCAGCUCCUUGUCUUAUCCAAAGCAGAUGCCAUUGUCCCAGGUCUGAGCGGAGGGGAGGGGGCGCCCAGGAGGGUUGGGGAGGGGGGCGAGGAGACCAGUGCAGCUAAGGGACACUUGACGGGCUGAGGUUCCCACCCCUUCACAGUGUUGAUUGCUAUUAGCAUGAUAAUGAACUCUUAAUGGUAUCCAUUAGCUGGGACUUAAAAGACUCACUUAGAACAAAGUACCUGGCAUUGAAGCCUCCCAGACCCAGCCCCUUUUCCUCCAUUGAUGUGCGGGGAGCUCCUCCCGCCACGCGUUAAUUUCUGUUGGCUGAGGAGCGUGGACUCUGCAGCGUUUCCAGAACCCGAGGCUUGGAGCCCUCCCUGGCUGCACUUGGCUGGGUUUGCAGUCAGAUACACAGAUUUCACCUGGGAGAGCCUCUUUUUCUCCCUCGACUCUCCUACGUAAACUCCUAACUUACCCUGGAGGAGGGGUGACCGCGACCUGACGGGAUUGCACGGUUUGGGUAUUCUUAAUGACCAGGCAGAUGCCUUAAGUAAACAAACAAGAAAUGUCUUAAUUAUACGCCCCAAGUAAAUACGGGUUUCUUACAUUAGACGAUGUAUUUAUAUAAUUAUUUGUUAAAUUGUACAAAAUGUGUAAAAUAUGUAUAUAUCCAAAGAUAUACAGUGUGUACAUUUUUUUGUAAAAAGUUUAGAGGCUUACCCCUGUAAGAACAGAUAUAAGUAUUCUAUUUUGUCAAUAAAAUGACUUUUGAUAAAUGAUUUAACCACUGCCCUCUCCCCCGCCUCUUCUGAGCUGUCACCUUUAAAGUGCUUGCUAAGGACGCAUGGGGAAAAUGGACAUUUUUUGGCUCGUCAUUCUGUACAUGACCUCAGGCAUGGAGAAAAUUACUUACUUGUUAAACUCUAGUUCUUAAGUUGUUAGCCAAGUAAAUAUCAUUGUUGAACUGAAAUCAAAAUCGAGUUUUUGCACCUUCCCCAAAGACGGUGUUUUUCAUGGGAGCGCUGUUCUGAUCCGUGGAUAACAACUCUCACCUUAGUGGAUGUAAAUGGAACUUCUCCAAGGCAGUCCCUCCCCUUAGGCCUUGUUAUUUAUCCUGUAUGGUAUCACUAAAGGUUUCAAAACCCUGCAUUCAUUUCUGGAGUCCGUGAUUUUGAAGGCACCUGGUGUUCCAGGGACGGAACGCAUGGCUGAGGUGUAGAGGUUAAUGUUUUAAACCAUAGCUCACCCUUUACAGUAGAAGUCACUUGACAAUCUGGUAGGGGAGCAGGCGCUCUUUAAUGGAUUAAACUAACGGGUUAACAUCUUAAUAACCUUCAAUGCUUGUGUAUACCAAAUGUGCUGCUUUUCCUAGAGAAAAAAGCUAUUGUUCCUCUGUCAAGACUAAGCUAAUUUAUUUGAGCAGAAGGCUGUUGAAUUAACAGAAGAAUGCUCCAGCAAUUGUUGAACUUUUUACCUGUCUGCCCAGUGGCUCAGCACAUCAUUCCUUUAAGAGGAGCUAAAUGAAUAGGGUUAAUCUGUAGGGAACUUGGUCUUUUGAGUUUGAAAAACUUUGAUCUUUUCUCCUCUGCAAAUGUGCUGUAUAGUCUGAAGUUUCUUUCCCUGCUGCCCAUCUCCUCUUAGUGCAGACCAAUUGGCCACCGCGGAGCCUUAAAGUUCUUCCAUUAAAGGGAUGUGGGACUUUUACUUUAAAAAGGAGAGAGAGCGCGGGAGAGGAAGACUUGUAACAGUUAGUGAAGACCGGAGGCACAAGUGCUCAGCCUUUUAAACAGCUUUUCCCGGCAUUGUUAGCCAGCCUGCAGGCAGCUAGGCAUGGGUUGAAGCUUUAUAGAAAAGGGCUCUGAAUGCCCCACAGGUGGUCUGCGCACAUAAUCCCCCAAUUUAAAGCGUUUUCCUUUGCUGGACAAUUGCAUUACAAAACUCCCUUCUUUUUCGCUCCUAAUUGAACCAAUGAACUAUUAUAAACUACAAGUUUUUCUUUAAAAAAAAAAAAUCGUCAGUGCCUAAAUUCUAUUGACUAAAUUCUAGCAAGUUUUCCAAACUGAACCUUUUAAGGCACCGGAAGUAAAAGCUGCUUCACCAGACGUUUCUGUUUUGCGGAUAUUUUUAUUCCUUAUGCUUGUUAUUUUCUGACAGAUUAGCAAUAAUUUAAAAGUAAUUGGUAAGGUUGUGUGUUAGUACUGAAAAGAUAGCCCCAGGUCCCUUAUUAAGCUGUCAAUCAAGAUAAGAAAUGGGCAGCUACCCUGCUAAUGAUGGGGCAUCAAUCAUUAUGGGAUGGGAGGGGCUUUGUUCUGCCCAUCCUGCUAAAAUGUUUAUUCUCCUUACUUUACCUCGGAGGAAUCUUUAGUGGUUAAAAACAUUUUUGAUAGGCUAGACACUACUUCCUUGACCCAUCUUAGUCAUGUAAGAGGCUUUGCGGAAGAGUUCCACGGGGGUAACUGUGCAGAUCCUUUUCAGAGUCAGUCUUGCUGUUAGAUUAGAUAUGCAAUUAGAACCCUGCUUUAGCUGCGGUGCCCAUCUUAUGUUUUAAAGCCAGAUCCAUUGUAAAAAAUGUUCACCUCUCCAAUAGUUUGGCUUAUUAAAGAAUUACUGUUUGUAACUUAGGUACCUAACAGUGGCCUACAUCUAACCUACUUGGUAACUCAUGUACUGCAGUGUACAUAUGCCAACCAUAAACUUUAUAUAUUCAGUUAUAAGGUAGAAUUUUGAGGGCAGGUCCCAAAGCCAUUACCACAUAUGUAGGAUGGGGAGAAAGCCACAAGUCACCAGUUAGCAUGUCGGCUUUCUCAGGUAGCAGUAUUCUCAUGACUGACACAUUUUCAACUGUAUGACACAGUGGGAAAAUGUCCAACUUUGAAGCUUUUUACCUUAUUCUUUACUAUAUCAUUAUAAAAUGCUAUAUUUGAUAACUCAA